CGGAAGGGCCCGAACAUCGUCACUCUGCUCAGCAGCUGCUGAAACCUCCAAAGCUGAAAACACUACUUUUGGCGGCAACUUUGGGAACUUCUUUCUUUUUGAAAGCAAAUGGGAGAAGAGGAAGAGCAUCCUCCAGAAAUUCAACAGCACCAAACAAAUGAUUCAUUAAUCGAAAUUAUUGAAUCCACAGAUACAGCACAACAUAAUCAGCAGGAAGUGUACUCAUGGCCCUCGAUGAGGUUUGAUGUCCCUCCGCAGAGAACCUUCCAUUUCUUUCAACAGUUCAGGACCGUCAGGAACCCUAACAAUUUCCUCAAAGGCGUCAAAUGGUCACCAGAUGGAUCGUGUUUUCUCACGAGUUCAGAGGAUAACACUUUUCGCGUAUUCUAUUUGCCAGAAAGUGGAAGCACUGGUUAUGUUAAUGAUUGUUCCGUACUCCCUGAAGAAGAUUCCUACACUGCAAAUCUUGUUGUAAAUGAAGGAGAAUCUGUCUAUGACUUCUGUUGGUACCCUUUCAUGUCUUCGUCAGACCCCGGAACCUGUGUAUUUGCAAGUACUACUCGAGACCAUCCCAUUCAUCUUUGGGAUGCUAAUUCUGGCGAGCUGCGUUGCACAUACCGGGCUUAUGAUGCCAUGGAUGAGAUCACCGCUGCAUUUUCAAUUGGGUUUAAUCCUGCUGGCACAAAGAUAUUUGCUGGUUACAACAAAUCUAUUAGGGUAUUUGAUAUACAUCGCCCUGGUAGAGAUUUUCAGCAGUAUUCAACAAUUAAAGGAAGUAAAGAGGGCCAAACAGGUAUUAUAUCUACAAUUGCUUUUUGUUCAACUCAAACUGGAAUGCUUGCUGCUGGUUCUUACAGCCAGACAACUGCAAUUUAUAGGGAGGAUAAUAUGGAACUCUUGUAUGUUUUACAUGGUCAAGAAGGCGGUGUUACACAUGUCCAGUUCUCAAGGGAUGGAAACUAUCUGUAUACUGGAGGUCGAAAGGAUCCUUACCUUCUAUGUUGGGACUUGCGAAAAGCAGUCGAAGUAGUGUACAAGUUAUAUAGAUCUGCCGAGCACACAAACCAACGAAUACUGUUUGAUAUCGAGCCCUGUGGCCAAUAUCUUGGCACUGGUGGUCAGGAUGGUCUUGUUCAUAUAUAUGAUUUACAAACUGGGCAAUGGAUAUCAGGCUUCCAGGCUGCAGCAGACACUGUUAACGGUUUUUCUUUCCAUCCGUUCUUGCCAAUGGCUGCCUCAUCGUCAGGACACCGAAGAUUUCUUAUUCCAGAUUAUGGCAGUGAGGAUUUGCAUUUGAAUGGCCAUGAAAACUGUGCUUCUGUUUGGAGCUUCUCCUUGGCUUCCAUGACGAGUGAUUGUGAGGGGAACAGGGGUGAUAUUGAUGGGCAACUCGAACAAUGAAGCCUGCAUGAAAAUGCUUAAUAGCUGCGAUACCAUUCACUCUUCGGAUACAGAUUGCAAUUUUUUCUCACAAAUGAUUACAACAAGCUUCAUUUGCCUAUUUAUUUGUACAAUUCCUUAUUCAACAUAAAUGUAACUCUGAACUCCUUGAUAAUUAUUUAAUACAAUAUAAGGCUUUCUUGUUGCCUGUCAUCAA